UACAGAGGCCGGUCAGAAAAGAAUGCGCGACGACUUUCGAGCCCCAUGGCAAUAAUUAAGGCGCACUCCCAGUUCAAAAUCUAUGACAAACACCAAGCCUACCUGCAGUGCAACGCACACGUCACAAGUGCUCACUAGUAUCAGAAGCAGAGUCAGUUCGGUUGCUAACCUACAUAAUCCAUAAAACCCCCUAAGAGAUUCUCCCGCAGUUAUCGAUAUCAUAGCAUAGCAAAAUGUCUGAAGUUCUCGAACACGCGAUUCCCGAAUACCUCCAACAAGAAAGAACCAAACCCUCUAAGCUUCCAGCCAGUUAUGUCCCUCCGUUUCCAGCAUACGUAUCCCGAUACCCUCGCUCCAUUAAGGAGAUUGUCAUGGCCAUCAUCGGCGUGCAAUAUCGGUCCAAAGACCUCGACGAUGGCGUAGUAAUCUCCCAACUAUCGGAAUUCAUGACGGCAUCAUCGUCCAAAUCCAUCCAGCCAACUUCCUGGGAGCUGGCGUCUGUCACAGAUCAGGCUGGGGCUUACAACGUUGCUAUUAUUGCAUAUUGGCCAAGCGCAGCCACGCACAAGGAGUGGGGUUCUGCCUCAGGAUUUGAAGCAUGGUGGCAGGGACUAGAGGCAGGAGAAACUCACGGCUGGUUCUUAGAAGUCCUUUCACCAUCCAUGGAUCGCUGGGAAGAUGUGUAUUCUGGUAACGAGGCCAUAGAAGGAGCUGCACACAUGCGCGAAGGAGUCAGUGGUCCUAUCCACGAGCACGCGUAUUGGGGAAGCAUGCGGGAUCGGAUUCCGGCGGCUCAAACGGACGACCUUGCUGGUGAAGCCGUCGGAAGCUCCACGCUGGAUGGCGGAAAGACUGCCAGCCGUGUCCAGGUCCCUGGACGAAAGAACUUAGCCGUCAUUCGCUCCGGCCAAGAUUGGUCGGCAACCCUCCCCGAAGAGCGCAGAUUAUAUCUAGAAACGAUGCAUCCCGUCCUCCUGAAAGGCAUGAAUUUCCUGCGAGACCACGGUUCCGAGAUAGGCUGCUACAGCUGCCGUCUAAUGUCCAUUAUCGACGCGGGAACCCAGAAACCGGAUAAGGAUCGCACGUUUGGGCUGGCGUACUUCGACGACUUGGCUUCAUUGGAGAAGUGGAGUAGAGAGCAUAAGACGCAUCUAGAUAUUUUUGGAGGGUUCUUGCAGUAUGCUAAGAAGCUGAAUAAUGAGAUUUCGCUGGAAGUUUUUCAUGAGGUGCUAGUUUUGAGGCCAGAACAGCAGUAUUUUGAGUAUAUAGGUUGUCACACGGGGACUGGGAUGCUUGCUGCUUUGACGAAAUGAGGAAGCGGGUUGUAGCGUGUAAUUGGGCGCUUUGUACCCUGUAGUGCAUUGAGUCUUGCGGGAUGACCUUGGAUUAUCUCGCAUCCAUCUUCAUUUAC